UCUGCUUCGUAUUUAGAUAUCCAAUCCACAAUUUCUGCUAUCAUUCUUCUCAAUAUCGUCCCUAAGGGAGCAUGAGCAUGAGCAUGUUCAGCAGCUACUAUAUGCUCUUCUCUACAUUAGUGACCUUUCUUCUAUUCUUUAUAUCCCCCUUCGUUUAUGCUGUACAACCGACUGCGCCCAAGCCCAUCGAGGCUCCAUUGCGUGACCUGAAAUGGGGCCAGCUCAAUUUCCUUCACACCACAGAUACUCAUGGCUGGUUAGCUGGUCAUUUACAAGAGUAUGGCGCUGAAGUCUUCUUCGGAGCCAUUCCCAGGCCUUACUGAUUUCCAAUCCCUUAUAGACCGUCGUACUCCGCUGACUGGGGUGACUAUAUCUCCUUCGCUACCCGCAUGCGCGAGAAGGCAGAGUCUAUGGGUGUCGAUCUACUAGUCAUUGAUACCGGCGAUAG